AUGGUUCGUCCUCGGCGUGCCGCUGCUCAAAAGCCAGAGGGUCACUAUGCUGCUGCCACCUCGCCCAUAAAAAAACGGAGGAUCAGUACUAUUGCAUCGUCGGCCCGGAAGAAGGGCAAACAGAAGACUGAGUUUCAGUACGCGGAAGACGCAAUGAGAUUGCCACUCCCUGGUUUUGCUCCUGCUCCUGCUCCUGCUCCUGCUCCUUCCCAUAAACCUAUCCCUGUCAUGGUGCCUCCACCAUUGAAUCCGGCCGCACUCGCAUUGGAUUUGAAGAAAUCCUACGAAGGCCAAAUUCCACUACCGACACUACCAAAACGACAGAAAAGAUGGAGACAACCGGCAAAGAAUCCGAUUAUCCGCCUGGAGGAUACACCAAAAGGAUGGAAUGCUAAAGAACCUGACCUUGAUCCGGAUGAUUUGGAGGCUCAGAUAGCAAGGUGUCGUGAGCGAAUUGGUGAUAAUAUCAUGAGCCGGGUGUUUGAAUUCACGUUGGAGAAGUUAUUGAAAGAGCAGAAAAGUCGCGAAGCAAUGAUGGACUUGGAGCCCGCUGGAUUGAGUUGGCCUGUCGUUCAGCGCUUGCAAACUCUCCAGGGGACUUUGGAAUGGCUCCAGAGCGAGAAUGACAAGUAUGAGCUGGUUGGAAAUGUGACAAACAUCAUGGCAGCAUACAGAUCGGGCCACUUGAGGUGGAAUCCAGGCCUUGUUACCUACUGGUCUAAAGGCGUUCUCCUUUGCCAGCCGAGGCCAUUCAGGUGGAACGAGUUUGAUAUCAUCAACGCCCAACAUGAUGGUCACACAGGUUUUUGGGUAGAAGGGGACAAAGUCCAAUCCCCCAAAUGGCAGAAUGGAUAG